AUGAAUCUCAGAAAUAAUGAAUAUUCACUAAACAAUUCUACUGAAAGAUCUAAUAACGAUAAAAUACAUGAAAUUAAUGAAAAUGAAAUGUUCAAAAUAAAUGAUAGCUUUAGAGAGAUUGAGCAAAAACAUUCAGAAUUGUCACAAGUUUUAAAUGAA